AUGACAAAUGAACUAAGUAACGUGUACAUAGAUGAAGAUGGUAAUCUACAAUUUGGAGAUCAAUAUCUCGAAGAAAUUGAACAAAAGCAAGCAUCUGGUAAUUUAAGAAAAAAUACAGAUUCAUUGGAAAAAUUAUUUACAAAAUUUAUUGAAAGCUCACAAGAUUUAAAAAAACAGAACCUGAAAUAUAUUGCAGAAAAGUUUAUAAUUGAAAGAUUUACAAGUAAAAAUACUAACCCAAGCCAGUGGAUUGAUGUUUUUGAAAAAGAAUGUUUACGUUUCGAUAUUACGGAAGAUGAGAAAAAAAUUGAGAUACUCAGACUAUUCAUGGACAAAAGUUGCGCUGAUUGGUAUAGUUCUAUGAUUAUAAAAUUAACACUAAACUCAGAGUGGUCUAUAUGGAAAAAUAAAUUCUGUAAAUCAUUUGCAAAUCAAGGCUGGAACCAAGUGACUUAUGCGUUGUUAUUUAAGUACAAAGAUGGUUCAUUGGUGGAUUAUGCUAUAAAAAAAGAAAAACUUUUACUGGACAUGAGAACAUCAAUAGAUACAGGUACUCUAGUGGAUCUAAUUGCAGCUGGAUUGCCAGGCUUUGUUCUAGAAAAGAUAAAUAGACAAUCAAUGGAAGAUACAGUAGACUUAUUCAAUGAAGUAAGAAAGUAUGAACAUUUGAUGAAUAAAAAUAAGAAUGGAGCCUACACGAGAUACGAAAAUCAGAAGAUAUAUAACAAAAUUGAGGAACGUACUGCAUGCAAAAUAUGUGAACGGUUAAAUAAAGGUAUACGCUACCAUCCAGAAGCUGCAUUCAAACUCAUAAUAAAUUCUAAAUUAGAGAUAUAUGGAGUGUAUGAUUCAGGUUCGAAUGUUUCUCUAAUUAAUUCAAAAUUACUAAAAUUAAAAAACGAGAAUAAUAAUGUAAAUGAACAAAAUUUAGUUACAAUUAAUGGUGUUAAAAAAACUUGUGGUUUGACGAAGCUAAAAAUUAAAAUUUUCGAAAUAGAAGAAAAAGUAGAUGUUUACAUUAUUGAUGAUGCGCAUUUCAGAUAUGAUUUUUUAAUAGGAUUAGACAUGAUAAAAACAUACAAGUUAGUACAAAAUGAAAAGUUAAAAAUUACUCAAAAACUAUAUUUUCAACAAGAAAAUAUUAAAAAAGAAGAAAGAAUAAUCAAGAGAGAAAACGAGGUUAACAAAUAUGAAAAGGAAUAUAAAAUAAAUUUUAACGAACAUAUUAAAGAAAAAGAAUUUGAAAUAAAAGUAAACCAUUUAGAUGAAACAAAAAGGAAAGAGAUUAAUAAGCUAAUACAACGACAUAAAUCAGUUUUUGCCAAGGACAAGUAUGACGUAGGAACAGUUAAAGGAUAUGAAGCAAGAAUAGAUUUGUUAUUAGAUAAAUACUGCAGCAAGAGGCCAUAUAGAAGCACUAUAAAAGACAAAAAAGAAAUAGCAGAACAAAUAUCAAAAUUAUUAGAUAAUAAGCUAAUAGAGGAGUUCUAUAAUGCUACAAUCUUACCAAAUGAGCUAAGUGAAGACUGUAUACACAGUGACUGGAUCAGAGAUAAAGAAAGAGCUCUUAAUAAUACUCUGAAAUCACACUACUAUAACAAAAUGUGCUAUGAUGCAAAAAGAAAAAAUAGAGAAUUUUAA